CUGCAGGAGUCGUGAUUCCCGAGUCUGCCAAAGAGUCGUUCAGAAAUCCAGCAUCUGGAUCGAGCUGUUGUGCUGCGCGAGAGCUCCGCUAUUUCAGGAUCAUGUUCUUCAUGCAGAUUCUGUCGGUGUUGCUCAUGUUGUUCGUGACUGAAGCUCUCAGCCCUGAACCAGAAGAGAAUGAAGUCCUCAAAUACACAGACGCACAGGACACCACACACCAGAAUGAAGUAACAUUCACCACUGGCAACUUUAGCGAUACAUCACACAAACCGUCGUUACCAGAUAUUGAUGAGUGUCACCAGGGCGACCCUGGCCCUUGCGGUUACCAUGCCAACUGCACAAACACACCCGGAUCCUUCCUGUGCAGCUGUCUCCGUGGUUACCUGAUGAGUGCGCAGGGAUGUAAAGAUGUAGACGAGUGUGUGUUAGCUGCAGUGACGGGUCUGCAGGCGUGUGGAAGCGGAGCCGAGUGUAAAAACACACCGGGAUCGUUCACCUGCUCCUGUCCUGCGGGAUUCGUGCUGGCGCUCGACGGACACAACUGUGUCGACGUUGACGAGUGUAAUUUCGAGGAGAGCUGCCGGAGAGAACUGGGUAACGUGUGUGUGAACACAGAGGGAAGCUACACGUGUGUGUGUCAAGCGGGAUUCAGAGAGGACCGGGCCGCGUGUGUCGAUGUGGAUGAGUGUGUGGAGGAGGAGCGUGUGUGUGUCGGUCGAGGGGAGUGUGAGAACACACCGGGCAGUUACAGGUGUGUGUGUCAGCGUGGUUACCGUGGCAACGGCACACAGUGCACAGAUGUAAACGAGUGUUUGAGCGGAGAUCACGGCUGUGACGGCAACGCUCGCUGCGGGAACAUCAUCGGGUCGUAUUUCUGUCAGUGUCUUCAGGGAUACAGCGGAGACGGACACUCCUGCUACGAUGUGGACGAGUGCGCUCAGGAUAACGGAUUCUGUGAACACAACUGCACAAACCAGCUGGGAACUUACAGCUGUCGCUGUAGCGCCGGAUUCACAAUCACUGCAGAUCAACACAACUGUACAGAUGUGGACGAGUGUGUGAGCAGUUAUGACACAUGUGAACAGACCUGCACAAACACAGUGGGAUCGUUCCUGUGCUCGUGUGGAGACCGGUACCAGCUUCACAUCGAUGGACACAGCUGUGUGGACAUCGACGAGUGUAAACUCCAGAACGGGGGCUGUUCUCACGAGUGCUCGAACACAGCCGGCGGUCACGCGUGUCACUGUCCCUUCCCUCUAAUCCUGGACCGCCACAACACAACCUGCGUCAACGUGAGCUCGUGUGCGCUGAGGAACGCCGGAUGUGAUCAGAUCUGCUCUGUGGGUUCAGAAGGUCUCGUUCAGUGCAGCUGCAGGGCAGGAUGGGAGCUGGACACCGACCAAAGGACCUGCGUCGAUGUGGACGAGUGUGUGAGUUUUAACGGCGGCUGUGAGCAGGUGUGUGUGAAUCUCGCUGGCGGUUUUAAUUGCAGCUGUCGCUCGGGCUUUGAGUCGCGUAAAGACGACCCGACAAAAUGCCAACCGGUGUGUGAGCCUGCGUGUCAGAAUUAUGGAGUGUGUGUGGCUCCGAACACCUGCGACUGUCCUGCCGGAUAUCCUGGACCGGGAUGCUCAGCCAUGUGUUCUCCACCCUGCGCUCACGGCGGCUCCUGUAUGAGGUGGAACGUGUGUGUGUGUCCUCCGGGCUGGACGGGCGACGGCUGUCACACAGCCGUGUGUGAGCUGCCAUGCGGUAACGGUGGACGGUGCAUCGCUCCAAACACCUGCCAGUGUCCCUCAGACUACAGCGGACCACAGUGUCUCACACCUCUGUGUUCUCCUCCCUGUGUGAACAGCGGGAGGUGUGUGAACAUCAACACCUGCAGCUGUGUGGACGACUGGACAGGAGCUCGCUGUCAGAUAGAACCCGUCAGGUGUGUGUCGGCGUGUAAAAACGGUGGUGUGUGUGUGGGACUCAACAGAUGCCAGUGUGUGGAUGGAUUCACUGGGAUCCUCUGCGAGACGGCUGUCACUACGCCGUGUGUUCCUCCCUGCCAACAUGGAUCUGUCUGUGGCCCUCUGAACACCUGUGUGUGUCCGACGGGGACGAGUGGCAUACGCUGUGAGAGACUUGUGUGUCCAGUCGUCACUACAGUGGUCAGUACGUCUCGCGCGGUGAGGAAAGGCUUCCGGGAGAGUUUCGUGGAUCGCUGUGGACCCCUGGGUGUCCAACUCUGCACUAAAUACAGGAUAAACCAGGCGCGUGUGUAUCUGCAGGCGUAUAGAGUGGGAUACAAGAUCCAGUGUCCCGACAAAACCACAAGAUGAACCACAAAACAACAACGCCAAGUCGAGUAACAAAC